UCUCCUUUACAUUUAGUCUUUUAGAACUUUUUCUUUGGAAGUAUUUAUUUAGGUAAAAUUUUUAUUACAAUACAUUUGAAUUGAAAAUUAUUUUAGUCCAGUUUUUUAUUUUCCUAUCUUUAAGCGCAGUAUUAUGUUCAAAUUGCAUACUGUUACAGUAUCUUACAAAAAUUGUAAAUGUACUUUUUAGGAAUAAAACCUCUGCCUUGUUUUUGAUUAAUACUUAGCCUACUAAGCUACGGUAUUUUCUUGUUUGUCAUGAUGGUCCUUGGAAAGCUGAGUAUUUUUUAGGAAGGAAAACAUUUGAGAACCAUUGAUUUACAGUAUAUACAGAGUUGUAGUAUGAACGUAGAGUAGUAACUUCACAUCUCUCUUACCCAGGCAUGCCGACUGUGCCCAAAGCCAGGGAGAGCGAGAUGUCCUGAGGCCAGUCGGGCAUGACGGGAAGGAGGUCGGACCCGUCCGACACGGUGUGAGUCCUCCAUCCGCCGCGGCCAACGACGUGGUCUCCCACGGGAAACAUCGCAUUUUUGCUCUGGAUCACCCUGCAAAACAACAAGCCCAGUAGAACUUUGAAGCACUCUGGAAAAAUCCAGUGAGAACCUCUGGUCCAGCUGUGCAGCAGCAGCAGCAACAACCUAAGCACCAUGUUAAACGGUGGGCAGUUUGUGGAAGCCAUGGCUCGCCUGGGAUAUCCCGACGCAUCCUCACUGGAGGCCUCGGAGUUUGACUGGUUGUUCAACAGUGACCCGGAAAACCUUCAUUUCUUACGUUUUGUCUGUCGGAGCCUCAACCGGAGCCAUGUUUUGACCACAGAGGAGGUGCAGGCUUUUCAGGAGCUCCAGAAGUCCGACAGGCCCAUCCUGGAUGAAGCGGCCUUGGGCAAGGUCCUUAAAACCGUUGGACCAUCCGAAGAGGACAGCGCAGCCGAGGACGGUGUUACCAUAGAAGAUUUGGAAGCAGAGCUUCAGGCACUGUGUAGGGAGAAAGAGCUUAAGCGACAGCGUUGCAAGAGGCUGCAGGCUGCGGCCGCUUCUCGCGCAGAUGUCGACCUUCGACUCACCGCCGAACUAGAGAGUGCUGCGUCCCAGUUAUCGGAGGCCAACGCUUUUCUCAGAGCCGAGAACGCCAAUACUAACGCUGUGCUACAAAGCCUUGCAGACGCUGUAGGCGAGCUGGCAUCGCACCUCUCCGUUCCAGCGGAAGGCACGCACACAUCCGCCAGCAAAAUGCUCGCGUCUCUUCUUUCUCAGCUUCCUCUGAAUCCUUAUCUGCGUCAAGAGGAGCUCAACACCAAAACGCUCUCAGCUUUCACUCGGAAGCACUUCUUCACAGAUCUUGUUGAGAACUCUUGCUCAGAGCACUUCCAGGUGUUGGACCUCAGCUCUUUUGAUGGCAAAGAGGAAGAAGAGGAUAAGGAAAAGCUUGAUGUGCAGCAAAGGAGGACCCAAUUGGCCAGACUUCAGCGUGCGUACAUUGUGGCCCAGCACCAGCUGAUGCAAGCCGUCAGAGAAGAGAAAAGUGUCACGGCCGGUCUGGACUGGCUGUCUGAGAAGUCCUCGAGUGUCAAGAGCAUUGCCAUCUCGGCCUCGCUUCACGUGCGUGAGGCGGCGUCCAAGAAAGAAUUGAAAGACGUGGAGGCUGAGAUCGAAGCUCUGCUCCACGGACCGGUGCCCCUCGCCCUUCAGGAGUCUGCACGGCUGCUCAAUGUGCCGGUGGUGAAGGGAGACCUGGCCCUGCAACUGGCCAGGCAAGACUACCUCACAGCCAAACAGAAUGAGGUACGUGACACUCUACUCUACCAGAAGGCCUCCUUUGAUGUCCUCCACUUGGCCCAGCAGAUUGAGUUAAGGAAGUGGAGAGUGUGCCUAAAUCAUCUCACCAAUGUGAACAGCAGGCUUGUCAAGGAAAGUGAAGUCACGUCCCUCAGAUUUGAGGCUCUGGCACAUCCCGAGCUGGCAUUAAACAUGAGGCCCAAUCCGAUCAUCAGCACUAACGAUGCCACAUUCAGCAGACUCCUGCAGAUCCUUGACCAUGAUUCAUCCCACGGGAGGGCAGAACCUUUUCAAACUUACGAGGCACUGGACCAGGCUGCUCAUGGCCUGGCAAACAACCUCCAGGCAUCCCGUAAAGCGCUGGCGGCGGCCAGCCGGGAGCAGUAUUACACGGUGGCUCAACUUCAAGGCCACUGCGAGGCUCUUCAAGGGGCCAUGUCCACAGAGUUCCAGCAGCUGGUCUUAGGGCCACAGGUAUGUCCGACAGCCAUUGCUGACCAGGAGCUGCUCUGCCCCAAUGCACAGGAGUUGACGGAAAAUCUGGCUGGAGCAGAGUCGCUACUGCAGCGUUUACAAAAGGCCAUGCAAGAAAUCAUAGGCAGGUCUCUUGCAGAAAGUCGUGGAGGACCUGGAGCGCAGGAUGAACCUGACGAGAGCACAGCCAUAGUGUCGUCUGCUGGAAUGAACACAUGGCCUCCAUUACGGCUGAUCUCAACUGUCUGCUUACUUGUUGAAAGAAGUUCUGUUAAAAUGAUAAUUAACCUUAUACAAGUGUGUUUGUUUUAGGAUUUGACAUGUCUUCUGAUAAAUAAAGCACCUGUUCUGUGUUUCUCACUGAUGGAUUAGU